AGUUGCCACGGCUGGACACGCACUCCUGGUCCACUCCGGAUACCCCCAACUUCACGGAAAUAUCAGUCCCAGGGAGUCUGUCAGUUGAAAAAGCUAUCAUUCACAGUAGCUCAUCUUCGCAACGAAAAAAAAUAACGAGGAUUAUUAUUUUUUUUAAUUUUCAUUUACAAAUGAUGUGAAAACAUUUAUUCUCGCGAGGGCAUCCUUAGCCUUCCUGGGACCCUGUAAAUCCUGUGGAUACACAGACAGCGUGAUUAUCCUUGGGGCAAUAUUCUGAAGCUAGGGGAGGGUGGAAAAUGGUGCCAAGUGCGGUGAACGGAGUAAAAGUGUCAGACAAGUGAAUUUUUCAACGUCUCCGAGGGUUUUUAGUGAUUUAUUUAUUCUGAAAAGAGGAUUCAAGGAUGUGGGGAGAAUCCAGGAUGCUCAUCCGAGUUAUUAUCUUCGCGAUUGCUCUCGGGGGGUGUCACGUGGAGGGAAACACUACAGUUGCUAUUGCUCAGGAGGAAUGUCGGAAGAGAAUAGCUGAAUGUUUCAUGUCAGACGGUGCUACUACACCGGUAUGUGGCAGUGAUGGGGUGACCUAUCCGUCUCAGUGUCGAGUGGUCACCAGACAGUGUCAGGGCGAGUCAAUUCUCAUUAAACACACUGGUCCAUGUCCAGAAACCCCUCCGUGCUUGUCGGCCCGAGCGACGUCCCGUCCGGGCUCUCGGCCCGUCUGUCGUCCAGACGGCACUUGGGCGCCAGUCCAGUGUCACACGGAAACUGGCUACUGCUGGUGUGUGACACCUCAGGGCCGUCCACUUCCGGAUACCUCGGUGAAGAACGAAAAGCCGAGAUGCAGGAAGGCGGCUUCCUCAUCCUCGGAGACAGCCUCCACGCGGAGCGCCCAGCGAAGACGCUCUCCAAACUGGAAACAACGUCGCCAGUACACAGGACGGCACAGGAACACCUGUGAUAGAGCGGAAAAAUCGACAUUCAACACUAACCUCAUCGGGAAUUUCAAGAUUGAGUACAGGAGGACGAACAUCUCGGCUGAUGGUGAUAAAAACGUGGAGCGCGUUCUAUCCUGGAAAUUUCUGACCCUCGAUAAAGACGGUGACGGUUAUCUCGACAGAAACGAGUACAAAGAGCUACGUAGACUCGCUAGAAAAGCUGUGAGGCCGAAGAAGUGCGCUCGUACAUUCGCAAGGACUUGCGAUCUCAAUCAGGAUCUCAAACUCUCCAGGCAAGAGUGGGGCGCUUGUCUGGCCAACGACUUCAAACUACGUUUGUUCUUGUCGCUGAAUGGUGCAGACGGACGACGCGAGAUACUCGAGGCCCAGAAGACGAGGGCCACAGAUCAAGUUUUAAAGGGGAAUCCCCCGCCGGUUCACGCAAGGCCGACGUUCAAUGAUGAUCCACCGGAGACGAAGGAAGAAAACGAUGCGAUCGACUGCAUUUCUGAUCGAAAAUCGGUGCUGGAGGAUCAAAGGCAGAAUUCCCAGGAGAAAUUUUACAUCCCCCAGUGCACACCCGACGGAAGAUACCACAAGGUUCAGUGCUACUCAGGGUAUUGCUGGUGUGUUUAUCAGGACACUGGUAAACCAAUACCAGGGACAUCCUCCAAGGAUCGUGCGCCCAACUGCAAUCCAGUUCCACCACCGAGUAGACCGAUGAAAGGAUGUCCAGAAUCUAAGAAGCAACUGUUCCUCCGCGAUCUCAUGGACCUCAUGGACAAGAGGAUGCAGGACUCCAGCACAGACUCAGCGGAGGCUACCGACAAAUGGCGAGCCUCCAAGGAGGAGCGAGUGGCUACCUGGCACUUUGUCAUGCUCGAUAAAAACAAAAACAAAGUCUUGGAGAAAAAGGAGUGGAAGAGUUUCCGCACAAUGGUGGCCAACAGCAGGCAGCUGAGAAGAUGUGGCAAGAAGCUCCCCAGGUACUGCGACAUCAACAACGACAGGAGGAUCAGUAUGACUGAGUGGCUGAGUUGCCUGAACGCGCAAAAGCCCUCUCAAGGUGACAGUGUAGAGAAUACAUCGACCCAAAAACCCCGAAGAACAGGUCCAAACCCCUUGGACCAGUUCCUGAACGAUGACGACUGAAUCACCGAAGUAUAAAUGCCCCCCCCCCCCUCUCAAGACUAGAUUUGUAUCGAUCGAAAUUUAUUUCUCCCCUCAAAACUCAUCUUUUUUACACAGUGAUAGAAACUAGAUAUAUUCGAUAAAUUUACGCAGCGACACUUAUAAGUAUUAUGCACGUAAUUAUGUAUUUAUGUUGAAUAUGUAUAUGUAUUUUUGCAUGAAAAAUAUGGUGCUUGAGCACUGUUAUCGAUUUUUUUACGUGCUAGGAUUAUUUGUCUGUCUUAAACUGAAAAAAAAACUUUUUCAUGGACUCCAUACGAAAACUGGUGACGGCUAUUUUUCGAAUAUUUUUAAGACUACUGGGUCAAUAGUCUAGAUAUCAACAAAAUAACGUCGCCAACUUUUCCUUUGAGUGAUUCGCCAUUCUCCCAUUUUCAAUUAUCCAAUUCCUCACUCGAUAAAUCCUCGAUAAGUCGAAAAAAAAAAUUAUCUAGAGCAAUAACAAAGUGUAGAUGUGUCUAUAAAACUGUAAUUAUCAAUUAAUAAUUAAUAAUUGAAUUUAAAAACAAUGUCCAGUGUUUAUCAGGAGUGCAAUAAAUUUCAUUUAUGCUA